AUGGCUACUAUCACACAAAAUGGAACAGAGCAAGCUUCUGAUAUCGCUCAACUAUGGCAAAAUGCAGUUGAAGACUACGAGAAAAGAACCAAGAAGAGUCUUCAUGGAGGACAAUCCGACAAUAUAGAACUGCUUAUGGACAAGAUGGAAAAUCGAUUCAAAGAAUUUCGGCACGAUAAGUCAAAACCAGAUAAAGUGCGAAAUGCAUUCAGAAACAACCUGAGUUUAAUUCAGAAAAUGGCCAACGCCGUCCAAAUAGCUGGAGGUGCCACAUCAGUACGACUUGGCUUAGAUAUUCCUAUGCUAUUUGAUCCGGUUGGAACUGAUGAUCCGCAGACAUUCUCCUCAGCAAUACCAGCUGGUAUGGUUUCCACAGCUUUCGGGCAAGUGAUGCAGUCAUUUUCUUCAAUGUCGGCCGACUACGAUAAGAUCAUCGGAUUCUUUGAAUUCACUCAACGGUUCCUCAGCAGACUCUCAAUGAUUGAUGAUUCGAUCCCACAGCAAAAACCGCUGCAACUUUGUGUUGCUCGUGUCUUCUCAGGCAUGUUGACUAUUUGUUCCAUUGCCCAGGAAUAUGCGGAAAAGAAAAGGCUUAAAAAGUGGUUUAACAAUUUGGUCGAUGGAUCUGACAGAACUCUCUCAGCAGCGGUUAAAGACAUGGAAGAUGCUGUCAACGAACUAAAUCAGACAGUUGGUCUGACAACAUUCCAGGCUGCGAAGAUCUUGGGCGAAGUUGUCCACCAGAUGAAUGAGAAUAUUGACAACCGGAUGGAUGCCAUCAAGACAGACACAGAAGCUGUUAUCGAACAAAACGUAGCGCUGCAACUAAAACAAGAUGCCAUGAUAGAGACACAACAAGAUGUGCUGUCAAUAUUGAAAGAGCAGUCUCGAGUAUUCAGCAACACAGUGCAAAGUUUUGGGCAAAUCCAAAUGGGAGCUAAUUUUCAUGGGAGUUUUAAGGUUAACUUGCUGAAACUGGACGUGGUGUGUCUCCGACUGGCACGCUGGGGUCAAUCAGUUGGAAUAGCAAACUUUGACAGGGCAAAAUCUCUGAAGACUACAAAAUUAGCUCCAGAAAACAGGGAACAAGUCCAAAAUCUUCUGAACCAGAUCCUUGAACUAUUUGCAGACGCAAAAGCGGCUUCCAAAAGAUUUGAGAAACGAAAUGAGGAUGUCGCUCUGUCAGCUCUGGAUCCAAUUGAAGAGCUAGACGGCGUCUCAGCGCUGCUUCACGAGAAGAUACAGGAUAUAGUUAAGAAGCGCCAAGGACAGUUCGAAUUGGAGUCAGAUGAAUGGACUCUAUACGAAGAGAAGAAUUUCGCCCGACUAAUUGAAGAUAUUGGCGAGCUGCUGGACAAUUUGAUCGAGCUCUUUCCUGGAAUUCGAGAAGAUCAGCGCAAGCUUUGUGAGGAAGAAGUAUCGGAGAUGCGCAAUAAAGGGGUCAGGCUUUCGUUGAUAAAAGACAUCGCUGCUGUUCAGGAUAAGCUGCUAAGCGACACAGCUGCGAAAGCCAUGAAACCAGCCACCACCUACUCGAAAAGCGUGGUGUUUUCAGGUGUCAACAGUGGUUUACAGAUUGGGAACAAUUCGGGUCAAAUUAGCAAUAUCCGUUUCGACACCUGGUGA